CCAUUUUCAAACAAGUAUGCUGCAUUUUGUGGGAACUCGUCAAUUAUAUCAAUUCGUAUGAGCAAACUGCCACAGAGAUGUGAUAUUUGAUAAGGUCUUGUUGAACUGCUGACCAAUUGAUACAGAGUACUAAUGCAUCCAGCCUAGAUGGCGUUAGUACUUGGCCUGGGAGGUGGUAUUUUCACCCUGGGGUUUUUGUGGACUUUGUGCAUUAUACUCUGCUUAGCCUUGGCAAGAGCUGAGGGACCCCUUGCGUUUGGAGCAGCUGGUGUUAUACUGCUAGCCAUCAUUAUCACCAUCAUAUUGAUAUUUCUACCUCUGACAACACCUGAGGAUGUACGAGCUGAUAUCAAGUAUGACGAUACAAUUGUUGGCAGGACUGCUAUAGUAGCCAUAACUGGAAUUUUUCUUCUAGUUGGACUUGGAGCCUAUGCUGUUUUUGACGUCAUGGAACCUAUUUAUGCAAAGCCAUUGAAAAAGCACUAAAAACAGAUAAAUACAUCAUCAUUUAUUCACGUGUCAUGUGUAUGAAACACCCAGCCCUACAGGCUUAUAAGAGGCCUGUUGUAAACAAUUUUUCCUGUCUUUAAGCUCUGGAGCAUAUCCCAGAAUGUAAGUCUUUGUUGUUCAGUAGCAGGAAAGGAGUUGGGACAAUUAAAGCAAAUUGUGUUAAAAGCAAAACCAACUUAGAUUCUUGUUGAUAAUGAUGACACUUACUGCAGUCCCAGUUGAAGUGGUGUUACAGUAAAACACAGUUACAGUGGUGACAUACACCCUGUAUCUUAUGGAAUUUGGACCACUGUAUUGAAUUUGUGGUGGUUGCAAUGUUGUAAUUGGUUUUGAAGGUGUCUUGUACAGUAGCAUAACAAGGCUGUUGCAUUAAG